AUGGGAGGGCAUGGCCAUGGCGCCCCGUACACCAUUCCUCAUUACUCCCAAUUUAAAAUCGAAGGCAUCCCAGAACUGGAAGAAGUGGAGAAGGAACUCGCUAAAAGAGGACUUAAGGAUCCGUGGAUCAGAAAUGAAGCAUGGAGAUAUCAUCCUGGUUUCGGCACCCGCUGGUUUAAGGCCCGAAAGCUGUUCUUCCGCGGCUUUCCUUUGGGACUAGGGCUCACUGUCGCUACCGUUGCCUUGACUAAGCUCACUGGAGGUGAUGACCAUGGCCAUGGUCAUGAGGAGCACCAUUAA